CUGCUGGUUUUACAUAAUCUAGUUUAGUAUCUGGAGCCGUGAGACGCGCAUGUAGUCCGGACUCUCCUCGUCUGCAGAGUCCCUGAUCGAGUCUCUGCUGGCGUCUGAUGGCGUGAAGUGAAUCAGGACUGUUAGAGAGCAGGAGGAGUUGAUGGAGCGGGGCCCCGCCCUGCUGUGGACCUGCUGCCUGCUGGGGGCCGCACUCGCCAUCGCUUUUCCUCCCACCUCCUCCACCUCCGCCUCCUCUUCCUCCUCCUCCUCCUCCUCCUCCUCCUCCUCCUCCUCUGAACUUCGGCCCCCGAGACUCAAACGCUGUGAGUUCCAGACUCGAGCCAACGUGACGUGUCACUGGGAGGCCGGAGACACUCGGACCACCAACUACACGCUGGAGGUCCACCUGGUCUUCAGCAUGUGUGACUCACUGAAGAGCAUCUCAGUAGACCGCCAGCAAGUAAAAAGCAUCAAGAAUUUUACCUGCAGCACGUCUGGCAGCAGCUGCACAGCUGGACUCCAGGGCACCACUGUUAGAAACUGCUUCUGUAUAAUGAUCAGAGCUCAGGCAGCCAAUCACAGCGUCUGGUCUGAAGCUCGCUGCCAGUCUGGGAGGAUGGAGAUGAAAAUGCCUCCUGUGACUGUGAACAGAGUGGAGUCUCUGGGUCCUGACUGUCUGAAUGUCACCUGGAGUCCCGUCAAUACAGAGUUUUCUGUUUCUGACAGUGAAGUCAGAGGAGGAGACCUGACAUCCCAAAUCCAGAUCAGCCCACAUGGGCAGGUAGAAAAUGUGACCGUGACGGACAAAAACUUCACCAUUUGCCGCCUGAAGCCGGACACUUUCUACACGCUGAGGCUCCGCCACCGUUACCGGGGCCCGGAGAGUCCCUGGAGCGGCUGGAGCAACUCCUUCAGAGGACGCACCGGAGAGGACGCUCCGUCUGCAGCUCCGUCCUUCUGGAGGAGACAGAAACAACCAGACGAGAACGGCUACAGGCUCACCUCACUGCUCUGGAAGGCCGUUCCUCGUCGUCUGGCCAACGGCAGGGUUCUUUUCUUCAACGUGACGUGUCAGACAGAAAGCUCUCAGGUCCUGAAGGAUCUGGGGAGCUGCAGAGAUUUACACGCUUCCAGGACUUCCUGCAGCUUGUUGCUGCCUGCUGGACGCUGCUCCUGCAGCCUGACGGCCUCCACAUCAGCAGGACCUUCACCUCCAGCACACAUCUGGCUGCUUGGACCUUCUGACACAGAGCCUCCAGCACCGAGCCGGAUCACUGCAGAUCCUCUGGACGACAGCAGUCUGGAGGUCGGCUGGGAGGCUCCAGCUGAUUGGUCGCUGAGCGGCUUCGUGGUGGAGUGGUUUGCUGUCAGAGAGAAGAACAGCAGCGUCGUCCACUGGGAGACGCUCAAUGGUUCCCAAAGAGCACUGGUCAUAACAGAGGGAAUUGAUCCGUUGGAGCGUUACUCUGUUUCUGUCAGAGCGCUGCACGGUGAAGGAGGGGCGGGGCAGAACGCCACGCUUCACAUCUAUACACGCCAAGGAGCGCCCUCAGCUGGUCCUAACGUGGUGGUGCAGAAGACCUCCGGCAGCAGGCUGGAGCUCAGCUGGACUCCUCCACCUGUAGAGCUGCUGCACGGCUUCAUCUGCAACUACACCAUCACAUACACAACAGCACACCAAGCAGCCAGGAGUGUGACUGUUCCUGCUGACUCUCUCCAUUACUCUGUGGAGGAUCUGUCUCCUGGUGAUUACCACAUCUCACUGCAGGCCAACACCGAGGCUGGAGCAGGACCAGCCGGGCACGCUCACGUUCAUAUAGAUGCUGAGGAACUCCCCAUAGUGCUCUACGCCCUCCUUCCUCUCCUCCUGACCUCUCUGGCUCUGGUGCUGAUGUUCUGUCUGGCUCAGAAUAAGAUGGUGAAACAGAAGCUGUGUCAGGACGUCCCUGAUCCUUCCAACAGCAGCCUGGCCCACUGGACCCCCAAAAUCACUCUGGAGAGUUUGAAGUGGACAACAGUGACAGAGAAGACAGAAAUGAAUUACUCUGAAGUUAUUCUGCUGGGUGAAAGUGAACUCCAGAACUCAGACCCGUAUCAGGACCUGAGCUAUCAAAGCAAUCUCCAGACCGAGUCCUCCUCUCACCGCUACUCUCCACUCCCUCUUUCAGGCUCUCAGACCCCUAAAAUAUACAGAAAGUACAUUAAAAGCUCAGCCGGAGCUAAGACCACCUCCACCACGGACCUCUCCUCCUCCCCCACCAUCUACUCCAACGUCUUCUUCUCUCAGACGCUCCGAGGUCCUCCCGUCCCCUUUCUGUCCCCGUCCUACCUCCAGACCAACAGCUCCGUCAGCAUUAAUGAUGUCCGGCUGCAGCUAGGUGGAGCCAGCGAGACGUCUCUCCAGGGCCGGACCACCACCAGAUCUUCUUCACAUCUUCCUCAAACUGAACUGAAAACCUUCCGUCUUCUUCUGAGACGCCACCAGAGCCCCGUGUCCUACCACUCGUCCUGCCUCCCGCUGUCUCGCCCAGCUGACGUCUCGUCACCUCAACACCCUUUUUUCCAUCAGAGCGUCUAUAACUCCGUCCCGUCUCUGCAGCCGGACACCAUCACGUACCUCAAGGACUCUUUUCCUACGUCCUUUUCACCUUCUCCUCCCCCUGUUUUUGUCGAUUUCUCCUACUGUCCCGUGGAGCGUAACUGACUCUAAUGUCCCUAAUAAUGACUUUCCUUAUUUUCAACACAAAAUAAAACGUUUUCACUUAAUGCAAUGCUAGGGUUGUCACGAUACUGAAAUGUUCAACUCGAUACCGAUACUCAGGAAAAUAUUCGAUACUCGAUACCAUUUUCGAUACCACAAGGAUAAAAACAAAGACCCCAAAAUUUAACAGAAAUAUUUUUAUUAACAAGAAAAAUGCAACAUGUAAAAAUGAACUGAACCACAGGUUAAAUAUUUAUAAUAAAAACAGUUGUGCAAAAAGAAACUGCAACUAUGAUAACAAGCUUCAGGUCUGAGGUAGUGCAAACAAUAAAUAAAUGCAAUAAACAAUAACAAUUAGAACAAUAUUUUGAGGUUGUAUGCUGUGCACAAUAUUAGGCAAGCUUGAUAAAAAAAAUAACAAUAACUCAACUUAAGUGUUCAUUCCUUGGAUAGGUAUCGAUACUUGUGAAAAUGAGUAUCGUAUCCGGAUACAAAGUUUUAGUAUCUAUACUUCUUUGAG